GAUCCGAAUGAAGAUACUGAAUGGAAUGACGUACUGAGACAUUUUGGAAUUCUUCCUCCAAAAGAAAAACCAAAAGAUGAAACUGAAGAAAUGGUUUUAUACUUGCAGAAAGAAGCAGAAGUGAAACUUUCUGAAAGAAUGAAUCUUGAAGAACGGAAAGAAGCUGAAGCUGACUCUGAUGAGGCUGACAGGAAAGCUAUUGAAGCGUACAGGCAGCAGCGCUUGCAAGAAUGGAAAUGUCCUCAGAGGAGGCAAAAGUAUGGGGAGCUAAGAGAAAUCUGUGGAGAACAGUACAUAAAGGAAGUUACAAAUGCUCCAGAGGAUGUUUGGGUUAUAAUUCAUCUUUAUCGGUCAAGCAUCCCAAUGUGUUUACUGGUUAAUGAACAUCUCAGCCUGCUGGCCAGAAAGUUUCCAGAAGUAAAGUUUCUCAAAGCCCUUGUAAACAGCUGCAUUCAGAGUUACCAUGACAGAUGUUUACCCACAAUACUUGUAUAUAAAACUGGUGAAAUAAAAGGCAGGUUCGUUGGAGUAGCUGAAUGUGGGGGAAUAUAUCUCAAAGUGGAAGAGCUUGAAUGGAAACUAGCAGAAGUUGGAGCAAUAGAAACUGACUUGGAAGAAAACCCCCAAAAGGACAUUAGGAAUAUGAUGACACUGUCAGUGCGAAAUAUUUCUGCUUAUGAUGACACCAAUGCAAAAAGCAGUGAUGUGAUGAAACCAUCAAUUACUUAA